ACUUGCUACAUAAACUCACAAUUUCACCUCCAAAUCAAGAUUAUUAUUAUUUUUUUAUUACAAUUCAAUUUAAUUCAGGGGUUUUCAAUUUCCAAAAAUCAAUCCAGAAUAUAACAUAAAAACAAAACAAUGGAACAUGAGAAUGAGAAUGAGUUGAAACAAAAAUUACAAGAUUUACAAAAACAACUUGGUAAAAAACAAAUGUUUGAAGAAGCUGUUUCUUCAAUUAGAUCUUUGCUUCAUCAAUAUUAUCUUCCUGCUUCCCCUUCUCUCCGUCAAUCGUUUUUCACUGUCAUAUCUCGUGUUGCAACUAUAUUAAAGACAAGAUACACAUCGCCGGGAUUUUGGAGUGCUGGAUUAGGACUCUUUCUGGAGGCUGAACAACUGGUUUCAGAAUCUUCUGAGAAGGAACAUUUGAAGACUUGCAUAGUUAGAGCCCGGGAGCAGCUGAGUGAACUAGAGAAUCAGCCUGAGGAAUCUGCACAAAACAGGAGAAAUCAAGGAUAUUUGUUUGAAGGGCAUCUUACCGUGGACCAAGAGCCUCCACAGCCUCAGUGGUUGGUUCAAUCAAACCUGAUGACAGCCCUAGCUGCUUCGAUGUCAGCUCAAACAUCUCAAGAUACUGACGGGUCCAGCAAUCUACCGCAAGAACUUAUGGAUAGAAUUCACGAGCUUAUCCCUAACAUAUCGGAUGAGUCCAACAAUCUUCCACAGGAGAUGAUUGAUAGACUAGUGGCAAUGUUCCCAGAGGGGGAUUCAGCCCCAAAAGCACCGCCAGCAAGUAAAGAAGUAGUUGCAAAGCUUCCAAUUAUCACUAUUACAGAUGAGAUCUUGGCCAAUCUUGGAUCAGAUGCCGAAUGUGCCAUAUGUAAGGAGAAUUUGCUGGUAAAUGAUAAUAUGCAAGAGAUGCCAUGCAAGCACACGUUCCAUCCUCCUUGCCUCAAGCCAUGGCUGGAUGAGCAUAAUUCGUGUCCUAUUUGUCGGCACGAAUUGCGGACUGAUGAUCAUGAGUAUGAAAGUCGGAAGGAGAGGGAGAAAGAGGCUGAAGAAGAGAGAAAAGGAGCUGCAAAUGCAGUCAGAGGAGGUGAAUAUAUGUAUGUAUAGCCGUAUAGGGUAAAAGAUUAUGAUUUCUGAAAUAUUCAUGACAUAAUUGACUAGUCUACCUUUUACUCUAUGUUGUGUGUUACUGCAGCUCUAUGCUGGUUAAUGAAUUACAAGCUUAUAUGUUUUGUUACA